GCGCACAGCGAUUCAGGUGGAUUGUAUUCAAGCUGGGAGUAUAUGACAUAUACUCGCCAGCUUGUGGGGGAUGUUAAACUCCAUGAGCAGAGUUGAAGAGAAGGAAGAAAAAGAUGAUAAGUCUGAAGCCCCUGUUCUGCAACGACAAAUGAAGGAGGGAAAGGCACAACGCAGUGUUUCAUCACAAGAAAGGAAGAGAGAAGAAGAUAGAAACGGCAACGUUCAAUUUAGUAUGUACAGAUUAAUUGUUAUUAGCUGUAGCUAGUGAUAGGUUGCCACUUGUCUCGUUUUAGAUGGACAAGGCAGUUAGAAUUAGUUUGUCUUGUAGUUCCGAAUUCUCUGUACAUAUACCUGCAACCUUGCAGCCAAAGGAAUCAGAAAAUCAUUCCACAAAUCAGUCUCCUUUCAAUUAUUCUCACUAUGGCUGAUAGGGGUUGUGAUUUGGAUUGACAGGAAGAAUCCAUUUCUGAAUUUUUUUCAUCGUAAAGGUCGAAGGCAGAGUAGCGCGGAUGGUGUUGGUGAUGGCUAGGGAUGGCAAUUUCGACCUGACCCGAUUUACCCGACCUGUUUGACCUGUUUUGGGGCGGUUCUGACCCGCUCCAUAGGAGGGGCGGGGUGGGAAUGGGUACCUCUCAUCGACCUGACCUGCCCUGACCCGCCCCAUUCUCGACCCGUUCUAGCCUAAGUUACAUGUAAUCUUAGUCAAAUUACUUAGGAUUUUCCUCUUAUUACAUCAUAUUUUAGGUAUAAUAAAGUUGUAAAUAAGUUAAAAACUCAAUUUCUCCAAUAAUUUAACUACAUUUUAUCAAAUUAUGUUUUUUUCUUGGUCUUUUAAUUAAAAUAAUGAAUAAUUCUAAUUUUUUUUGCAUAAAUUAUUUACCCAAUGGGUCGACCUGUCCCGACCCACGCCUCAUAAUAAAUUACCCGACCCGGACCCGACCUGCUACGGGGCAGGUAUGGGUAUCGAGAUACCCGCCCCGGACCUGCCCAUGGCCAUUUCUAGUGAUGGCAGGCUCGCUGCAACUGAUGUGAUGGUUGUAGUGAUUUGGAGCACCGGAGGAAGAAGUUGGGGUUUGGAGUUAUCACAGAGGAAGAGGAGGGAGGCAGGGUAACAGCAGUACGAUGAUACGGAUAGCCGGCCGGCGGCGUCGACAAUGAUAGUGGUGAUAGAUUUGGGAGUGCCGGAGUGAGAAUUGGGAAUUUAAUUUGGGGAAAGUGUUUGGUUUUAUUUUAUUUAUUGUUUAAUCAUAUCAGAACGACAGAACCUGUAAUUUUGAGUCAAUCUAUUUCUGAUCAUUGAUGACAAAGAAGACAGACGUCAGACGAGAAAAUGUAUUCGGUGUGGGUCGGUUUUUGUUUACGUCUGUUUGUUUGGGCUCGGUUCUAGGCCCAUAUUAUUAGUUCUGCUCGGGUCUGACUACGGAGUACGGACAAACCCGAAUGAAGCCCAACCCGAUCCAAACUCCUCCGCCCUCGGGUUCAGCUUCAUCGUCUCUCAUUACGCUCAUUAGUCAUCAACUGAACUUCACUGGAGUCGACUGGGGGAAGAAGAACAAGCAGGAACUGAAAAAAUGGCGUCAAUCUGAAACUACCCAGUUGAUCUCCUUCUCCGUCCCCUGUGAAAUUGAUUUCAAAGUUCGCGUCUUUUUCCUGUUUCCCACUCCGAUCGACGACACUUCCAAUGGCGUCUCGGAUUGGCGGCUGCCGCCGUCCCCUUCUCCUUCUCUUCCUCCUCUCCCUCGCUUCGCAGACAGCUUUCUCGUGGAAGCAAGACGAGUUCCGAAACUGCAAUCAGACCCCAUUCUGCAAGCGCGCUCGGUCAAGGAAACCCGGUUACUGUACCCUAAUCGCCGAUCAAGUCUCCAUUUCAGACGGUCUGCUCACCGCCAAGCUAAUCCCUAGGCCGAUUCCCAAUCAGGAAGAGGGUGGAGAAGAUCAUCACCAGAUCGCCAAGCCUCUGCUGCUCUCCGUCUCGAUUUACCAGAGCGGAAUCCUGCGCCUGAAAAUCGAUGAAGACCCGGCCCUCGACCCGCCCAAGACCCGGUUCCAAGUCCCCGAGGUGGUCGUCUCUGAGUUUGACGAGACCAUGCUCUGGCUCUCGAGGGUGUCAACUGAGACGCUCGACGGCGAUUCAGCUCCUUCCUCCGUCGUCUAUUUGUCAGAUGGGUACGAAGCUGUUCUUCGACACGAUCCGUUUGAGCUCUACGUGAGGGAGAAGUCAAGUAAGUCGCGUUUGGUUUCGUUGAAUUCUCAUCAGUUGUUCGAUUUCGAGGAAUUGAGGGUCAAGAAUGAAGGGGAAGAGUGGGAAGAGAGGUUUAAAGGUCAUACGGAUACCAGGCCUUAUGGUCCUCAGUCAAUCAGCUUCGAUGUAUCAUUUUAUGAUGCUGAAUUCGUCUAUGGUUUGCCUGAGCAUGCCACGAGCUUAGCUCUUAAACCAACUAAAGGCCCUGGAGUUGAAUAUUCCGAGCCUUACCGAUUAUUCAACUUGGAUGUGUUUGAGUAUCUCCAUGAGUCGCCUUUCGGUCUCUAUGGAUCGAUCCCAUUGAUGAUUGCUCAUGGGAAAACUGGGAAGAGCUCUGGGUUCUUCUGGUUAAACUCGGCUGAGAUGCAGAUCGAUGUGUUGGCCGAAGGAUGGAAUGCAGAUUCAGGGCUUUCCCUCCCUUCUGAUCAGAAGAGAAUUGAUACAUUAUGGAUGAGCGAGGCAGGGAUAGUGGAUGCUUUCUUCUUCGCAGGACUGGGUCCUAAGGACGUGGUGAGCCAAUACACAGCUGUGACCGGGAAGCCAGCAAUGCCACAACAUUUUGCCACUGCUUAUCACCAAUGCAGGUGGAAUUAUAGAGAUGAGGAGGACGUGGAGAAUGUGGAUGCUAAGUUUGACGAGCAUGAUAUUCCUUACGACGUUCUGUGGCUUGAUAUCGAGCAUACGGAUGGUAAGAGGUACAUGACAUGGGAUUCAGUUAUGUUCCCGCACCCAGAGGAGAUGCAGAAGAAGUUGGCUGCCAAAGGAAGGCGAAUGGUGACCAUUGUUGAUCCUCAUAUUAAGAGGGAUGAUAACUAUUAUAUACAUAAGGAGGCUGCUGAGAAAGGGUAUUAUGUGAAGGAUUCAAGUGGAAAGGACUUUGAUGGGUGGUGUUGGCCUGGAUCAUCUUCUUACUUGGAUGUGUUGAGUCCUGAAGUGAGGAUGUGGUUCAGUGACAAGUUUGGAUUUGAUAGCUAUAAGGGUUCGACUCCGUCGCUGUAUAUUUGGAAUGAUAUGAACGAGCCUUCCGUAUUCAAUGGCCCAGAGAUUUCAAUGCCAAGGGACGCUUUGCAUUUUGGGGGAGUGGAGCAUCGAGAAUUGCAUAACGCAUAUGGCUACUUCUACCAUAUGGCAACCUCAAAUGGCCUUGUCAAGCGUGGAGAUGGAAAAGACAGGCCGUUUGUUCUGUCAAGAGCAUUCUUUGCUGGAACUCAGAGGUUUGGAUCUGUCUGGACAGGGGAUAACACGGCAGAUUGGGAUCACUUGAGAGCAUCUGUUCCAAUGAUUUUGACCCUCGGUUUGUCUGGAAUAUCAUUCUCAGGUGCCGAUGUUGGAGGGUUUUUUGGGAAUCCGGAGCCGGAGUUAUUAGUUCGUUGGUAUCAACUUGGUGCUUUCUACCCUUUCUUUAGGGCACAUGCUCAUCAGGACACAAAACGGCGCGAGCCUUGGUUAUUUGGAGAGCGAAAUACGAAGCUCAUCAGACAAGCCAUACAUGUCCGUUACAUGUUGCUUCCAUAUUUUUACACGGUGUUCCGUGAGUCAAACACUACUGGUCUACCUGUUAUGCGUCCUCUCUGGAUGGAGUUCCCUUCCGAUGAUGCUACCUUUAGCAAUGAUGAAGCUUUCAUGGUUGGAAGCAGCCUCUUGGUCCAAGGGAUUUACACUGAGCGAGCGAAACAUGUUUCAGUUUACCUACCUGGCGAUGAACUCUGGUACGACCUUUUGAGUGGAGCUCCGUACAAGGGGUCUCAAACUCACAAGCUAGUGGCAUUGGAAGAUCGAAUUCCUGCAUUCCAAAAGGCUGGGACCAUCAUACCCAGGAAAGAUCGUUAUCGUCGGAGCUCCACGCAGAUGGUCAAUGAUCCCUACACUCUGGUGAUAGCUCUAAACAGUUCUCAAGCAGCUGAAGGUGAGCUCUACAUCGACGAUGGGAAGAGCUUUGAGUUCAUGCAAGGAGCCUAUAUCCAUCGACGAUUCGUGUUCUCAAAUGGAAAGCUCACAUCUUUAGACCUGACCCCUAACAACAAGAAGUCGAAAUUCACCUCUCAAACUGUCAUCGAAAGAAUCAUUCUCCUGGGACACUCUCCCGGACCAAAGAACGCCCUGAUCAAACCCGGGGAUGGUAAGGUUGAAGUGGGACUCGGCCCACUCGUGCUUGAAACGGGUCUCGGAUCUUCUUCCUCGUUUGUAACCAUUAGGAAGCCAAGUCUCCCUGUGGACAAGGAUUGGACUGUGGAACUUGUGUGAGUGCCCAUUUCUCCAUGCAUGAAAAGAGACCAGAAAUGAAAGAGGAAGAUGAAGAAAGGAUCUCCCCAAGUUGCUGAGAGGAAUUUGCUCUGUAAUGUAACACUAUCCUUAUUCUCCGUGUUCCCUUUUUGAGGGAUACGAGAAGAACAAGGAUCCAAAUUUCUGCAUACCUGUUCUACUAGAGUCUAGAUACUGAGCUGUUUUAGAAGCAUUAGAAUACAUAUCAGGUUUCAGAGAGCUGUAAGAUUGAAUUAUCAUCAUACAGUAGUUGUGUUUUGACUUACAGGAGAUUUCUGUCUUGUGUUUGAUCUCGGGGGUGUAGCUGUCGCUUCCCGUACUGCGUUUUUUAGGUACCAAAAGUGAACUAAAUGUGAAGUUUUGGACAGGACGAAUUAAGCUUUGGUUUUAUUUAAGCUUUGGUGUUGGUGAAUUGAGUUGAGAAAAAGUCCAGUAAAAACAAAACAAAGUCUCAAUCGAAUGAAAUCAAUAAAAGACAUCAUUAAAAGGAUUCAUAACAGGUACCAUUUUGGGCUAAGCAACUAAACAAAGUGUAUUGAGUUUUUCUAAAGGUAAGUCAGAGGCAAACAUAGUAAGUCAGAAGCAAACAUAAGGGAUAAAUUUAGGGCUGGGAAACGGUGCGGUCUGGUCCAUAUCGGACUAUAUAUAUAGUCUACAUUCCAGAUCAAAAGACUAGAGUAUAGAUCAUACAUAGACUAGACCACAGACUAUGCAGUCUGGUCUCUAUAGACCACAUUGAACGAAAAUAAACAAUUUGCAAACCACUAAUAAAAAAAAAUAUUGUUUUUUUCUCUUAAAAUAUAAAUUCCAACAUGCACGAAUAGUUUUGACACCAUAAAUCUCAGUAAAUAACAAAGAUACAAAGUCAAAGCAUCCCAACUUGCAGCAUAACGUCAUAAACAUUAACAUAAUUUCAUAUGGAGACACGAUCGUCUUUACUCUCUGGUGAAAUGUGAUUGUGAAUGAAGGAGAAGACAAGUUUCUCAAAAAAUUAAGAUUGAGAUUUGGGUUUCGUUGUGGGAGUUGGGAGAGUGGUCGAGUGGGGUGGUUACAAGUAUUGAGAAGUCUGUUGGGUCCACGGUUUGCUCCCGAUAAACCGCGGUCUAGACCAGACCAGACCAAGAGAUCAAAUCAUCAUAUAAUGCAGACCAUGGACCAGACCAUACCAUACUUAACAGUCUACGGUCCGGACCAAACUGUGUGGUCCGGUUUGGACCAUGGUUUUUCAAACGGUCUUAUCUAUUUUCCCAGUCCUAUAUAAGAUGAUGAUAUCUCAAUUUCUUGUCCUUGUUAAUUUACUCAAUGAAACGGAGACGGAAAACUGACUAAUGAGAGUGUGCACUUUCUAAUGUUCUUAAAAGAACAAGAGAUUUAGUGAGAGACGAGAGCGACCUAGGAAACUUGAAAGUUAAGUUUGGAUAGUAUGAGGCUUGAAAAUUGCCAAAGUGUGAGCAUGACCAAAAUUUCUAAUUUAUAUUUAAUUAAUUGUUCGAUAUUUUUGUGUUUAUUGAUUUCAAUAUCAUAAUAUCGUCUAUGAAAUAAAUCUCAUAAUACCGA